CCACCCUUUUUCCUCCUGUCCGGCUGUCCCCGGCCCCGGGCAUCAUCGCCAUAUAUAUAUGUAUAUAUAUAUCACGCGCCGCGCACGACGACGGCGGGGGACGUGGCACGGUGGCAGCGCGCAUUUGGCACACACUCUCGCACGUCGCGGGUAGCAGCUGCGAAGUGUAGGCGGCGGCGGCGGCGGCAGGUAAUGGCGAUUGCACCGGCAGCAGCGAGCCGAGCUACUGGUGGCUUAGCCCCUACUCGCUUGAUCUCCAAGAGCAGUUUCUUGGUGCCACCUCCCAUUCGGCUGCCACAUCGCGCCGGCGGCGGGAACAGGGCCGUGCUCCUCGGCGUCGGGCGGCGCGCCGACAACGGCUCGUCCUCCUCUGAGGGCGGCCGGCUGGUGGACGAGGACAUGGCGACGCUGCGGCGGCGUAUCCGCGAGGCGCGGGCGGAGGACGAUGGCAUUUUUGACGCUGACGUUGAUGCCGGCAUCCCGCUGCCGACUGAGUGGACGGAGCUGGAGCGGCGGCACCACGGGAGCUACGUGGCCGGCGUGCGCAGCGCGGUCGCCCUUCUCGAGGUGCUCCUCGUGAACACGCGCCCGGGGCUCGGCGCCGGCUUGCUGGCGGUGCUGCUGCUCGGCGUGCCGGCAUCGCUGUUCCUCGUCUGCGCGCAGCUGAUCCAGGCCGCUGACUCCGUCUGGUCCGGAUGAAUGGGCACGCACUGCUGCUGCAUCGUCGGUGUAUUAUAGCCAGAGAUGAAGCUGUAGACGAGCUGAGCUAUAAGCUGUAUUGUAACUUCACUUCAUCAAUGUAGUUUAUGGAGAGGAUUCAUGUUCUUCUUCUGUUAGUAAGCAGACACAAAUUCCUCUGUCGGACAAAA